CUCUGCAACGCCUACAUUGCAACUCACUGAGGAGUGUGAGGUCCCAUACCGAUCCCGUCUCUGCAGUUUGGCCCAUGGUUUCACUUAGCAGCUCCAGGAUGUUUCAGUUCAUCCAGAGGCACAUCCACGACCACGUGAUGGAGCGCAUAAUCCGCCGGACUCGUCUGGUGACCAAAGAUGGCCGCUGCAACAUUGAGUUUGGCAACAUCGAGUACCACAACCAAUUUGCCUACCUGGGGGAUUUCUGGACGACGGUUGUGGAGAUCCGCUGGCGUUUCGUCCUCCUCCUCUUCGUCGCCUCCUUCACAGGCAGCUGGUUCAUCUUCAGCCUUCUGUGGUACUGGAUUGCCAAGAGCAAUGGUGAUCUGAUUGGACAGAACCGCACAGACAGCCACGUUCGUUGUAUAGACAAUGUCAAUGGACUCACCACGGCUUUCCUGUACUCCUUAGAGACCCAGACAACAAUUGGUUAUGGUGGACGGGCACUCACUGGGCACUGCCCUGGCACCGUGGCCCUCAUUGUCGUCCAAUCCCUCAUUGGGGUCUUUGUCAACUGCUUCAUGUGUGGAGUGAUCCUGGCCAAGAUCUCCCUUCCCAAGAAGAGGGCAAAGACAGUGACCUUCAGUAACACAGCGGUCAUCUGCCUGAAGAAGGGCAGCCUGUGCCUGCUUAUCCGAGUGGCCAACCUCCGCAAGACCUUGCUAAUCGGGAGCAAAAUCUACGGCAAGCUGCUUAGGACAACUGUCACGCCGGAAGGUGAGACUAUAAUUCUCGACCAGGUAGGCAUUGACUUUGCAGUGGACGCUGGCAAGGACAACCUGUUUUUUGUCUGCCCGCUGACAUUGUACCACAUCAUCGACAAGGCCAGUCCAUUUUACGACAUGUCAGCGGACACCCUCCAGCAGCAGGAUUUUGAGCUGGUGGUCUUCCUGGAUGGGAUGGCCGAAUCCACCAGCUCCGCCUGCCAGGUACGGACCUCCUUCAUCCCCCAGGAGGUCCAAUGGGGAUACAGCUUCCUGCCCAUCAUCUCCCGCACCAAGACAGGCAAGUACCAUGUGGACUUCUCCAACUUCUCCAGAACCGUGCCGGUGACGACCCCACACUGUGUCCAAUGCUUUCAGAGUGAUCCAGACCAAACCAAUCACAACAAUAACCAAAACAACCACCACAGGAAGCUAGGUAUUGACAACCCCGGAUUCGAGGUGAUUGACAUUCAAGACACAAUGGAUAUCACAGAAAUGUGAGCCAGAGGAAAGAGGGUGAAAUUUUCCGCUGUAAACAACAGACUAUCAGACAGCAGCCCCCAGGAUGUGGGGCGUGGCUCGCCAAGAGAGAUGUGGAUUAAGCACUUGUUUAUGAGAGUAUUCAUGUCCUCUCUAUAGUCCGAUGUGGAUGACAGAAAGCUCAUAUUGGGGUCAGGGGCUCAUAGUGAGUCAUUGAGAAUGAGCAGGUAGCCCCAGUUCUAAUCUAAUAACCAGUGAGCCAAAGAAUAAUGUACACCUUGGAUAUGGGUGCAAAUCUUUACUUUACUUCAUGUGAUCAUUGGGUAUUGCACUUGAGUUAAGACUGAACAACUCAAUAUUAUUUAUGUCUAUGCCUUUAAAAGACAAAAUAUCAGCCUUUAUGUGUUGUUU